UAUAUUGUUAGUAAUUUGUACAUACAAAAAGAUGUUGCUAAAGUAUCUAAGAUUUGAAAAUAAUUUUAAUAAAACUAUUAAAAUAAUUACGUUGGACAUUCAAAACUGAUAUUAGAAUGUCAAAACUUUACAGCAUUGCUCAUCAUGCUUCAACGUUCUUUAAAAUUAUUUUGAUAGGCCAACAAAAUUAUUUUUGGAUUUGUAUAUCUAGCCAAAUUUUUAUAGAUACCUCAGCAACGCCGUUCUAUUCAUGUAGUUCUUAACGACGGUAAUGCGGCCAAUGUUCUCGUUUGUCCUUUCAUUAUUCGAGUAAGGCGUAUUGCAUAAUAAUUUCCGAAAAUUUCUCAAGCCGAGCCGAGCCGAACCGAGCGACAGUCGCGGGCCGCUCGCAGAAACCGCGCAUGCAGAGAAGAGAGACGGUGCAACCGGUAGCGAAGGUGGUGGCGACGAUGGUGGCGGUGGUAAAGGUACCAGGACUCCGCGCUCUCGAUCGUGACCCGAGAGAGCGAGCGAGCGAAUGCAGCGAGCAAACGUGAAAGCAAGAUCGAGGGAUUAACCGACGUGGAGGAGGUGAAGGCGGAGGAGGAGGAGAGACCUCGGUACCGCGAGCGAGGCGAAAGCGAGAGGAGGACGGAGAAGCGGCGAAGACGAAAUAGUAGGUGGAUGAAGAGGAGGUGAUGGCGGUGAAGGAGGAGAUGAAGGAGGAGGAGGUGGUGGCGGCGGCGACGUUGGUGGUGGUAGGAGAACCAGCCUCCGCCAGUCCAUCCACGUGUUCAGUGUAGUUGCGCGUUAUGACCCGGAUGUUAGAUCGUAGCCGCAGUUUCGCGAGAACCUGCCGACCCGGAUGUCCCCCCCGCUCGUUGACGACCAGUGAUCGACCACUGAUGUCUUCCUGGCCACCGAAAUAUGUUCAAUCGGAUAGAUGCGAGCAAGUCUACGAAAGGCGCCAGCAAACUUCGAAGGGACCUGAUAAACGCCGAAAUCGCGAAUCUACGUGACUUACUGCCGUUACCGCCCUCGACACGCCAGAGGCUUUCCCAGCUGCAGCUUAUGGCCUUGGUCUGCGUGUUCCUGCGAAAAGCCAACUACUUUCAGCAAGCAUUGAAAAACUGCCCGCCCGAGUCCUCAAAUAUUCCAACGCCCAAUAUUGGAUUCUCAAAAGCAAUGUCUGGCUUUAUUAUGAUGAUGACACAGCAGGGAAAAUUAUUAUAUAUAUCAGAAAAUGCGGCAGAUUAUCUCGGGCAUUCUAUGGAGGAUUUGCUUAUUCACGGGGACAGCGUGUACGAUGUGAUCGACAAGCAGGAUCACAUGGUCGUGCAAAAUCAGUUAUCCCGUAACAGUCCCAUACCCAGCGACAGGAGACUGUUCCUUUGUCGAAUCAAUGUGUCGAGGAAUUCUCGGAGACAGCUGCGGUUUGGCGAUCAAAAGGUAAUUCUCGUGGAGGGUCACUUCCUGCCGUUCGUUCCCGUCUGCAAUCGCAACGAGUUUGUCUUCCUGGCGUCCUGCACCCCGGUAGUCCUGCCGGAGACGCGAGAGAGCAUCGUCCAGGGCGCGACGAAUAUCUUCACGACGAUUCACUCGAUGGACAUGAAGUACCUGCACAUCGACAAAACUGCGGAAAGUCAUCUGGAAUAUACGCGCGCCGAGCUGAUCAACGUGUCGUGGUACAAUCUACUUCACUGGGACUCUAUAAGGACUGCCUAUUGCAAGCAUCAAACUGUCAUCCAGUCCGAUCAGGAGCGAUCUACCACCGCUCUGUUAAAGCUACAAAGUCGCUCCGGGAGGUGGUUUUGGGUUCAUUGCGUGCUGCAAGUCAAGGACACCUCCGACGAAUGUCAGCAUCCUAUAAUCGUUUGCACGAAUCAAGUACUCACCGACAAGGAGGCAGAAGUGAUGCGAUCCAGUUCAUGGCUGUACCAGUACUCGUCUCAGACGAAAUUCACGUACGGGCUCUGCCCCAGCGGUCAAGGUCGCGGCACCGUUUAUCCCUCCUCGGGAGGGAUCGCUACUAAUCAAGCCCAGGAAUACGUUCGAACAUAUUCCAACGACACCGACCCCCAGCUUUCGCCGUCGCUUCAUUCGGACCGAUCCGAGACGGAGUCGCACGGUGCCACAAAGAUCGCGCAAUCGACGGAUUAUCCUAGCAGGCGUCUUCUGCGGGACGACGCGGAGCCGGUGGACAUGUCGAUAAGCGGCGCGGAGCAGCAGCACGAGGUCAGGGGCGUCCAGGGCAGCACGAUCUCCGGUCAGCAUCAGCAGCAUGGCCUGGAUGCCGAUGCGGUCAGGUAUCACCACAAGCAGUACCACAAAAGCUCGUUGCAUCUGGCCGGUUAUCGGGCGAAAUUCGCGCAGUGCCACGGCACGCAGUACACCAGCAGCUGUGUGGACGUGUUGUCGGUACCCGGUACCAAGUAUUACCUUACUGACCUCGACCGGGACUACUGCUGCGGUGCUGCGGAACGAAGCGGUCUGUUGCUGCACAAGCGGUUGCCGACGAAGGCGUUGCUCGCGCCGCCGACCUCGAUCGCCACCGUGGCGGCCGAACCACCGCCGCCCGAUGCCGCCGCCGCCGCCAUCACCACCACCACCACCACCACCGCCGCCGCCGCCACCACUCCCUUGGAGAACUGGGGCAGCAGCCCGGCGUGGUCGGACGCGCUGCAGAGGGUGCCAGACGUGGUGCACCAGGAACUGAGCCCGUACAUUACCACGCCAACCACGCCGGUUAACACGCCCGACUCGGAUACGCUCGGACACUCGGAGGCGCCUAUUUUCAACUUCGACUGGGCCGGCACCGAGCAACAUGUACCAAACCUGAAGAUCACCUUCCAUCGCGGCAGCAUCGCAACUACCGUCGCCAAUCAUCCCGCCACCCAGCCAACUAGGAAGCAGCAUCAGGACGCGGUGCAGCCCAUCACGCUACAGUUACCACGUAGGAAGGGACAGUCCACGGAAAAUGACGGCAAAGACUUCCCGAAAUGAGCUAGGAAAUACGUAUACGAGUCCAAGAAAGACCGUAAAAGUUUAGGGGACAGUAAAAGAGUACAAGAAUAGGGAAGACCUAUAGUUUUCUACCUACAGCUUUCUUUCUAUAGUAAAAGCAUAGGAAGCGUCAGAGACCAGUUAGUUUGUUUUUGUAAUAAAAAGUAAAAUUUAUGUAAGAAACUAGAAAAAAAAUUAGAGAUGAAAGUAGAGAGAGAGUAGUAUGUAUGGGGCAAGGCGGAAAUGUGUGCGACUGUGUGCGACUUACAAUUAGAUCAAGAGAAUGCGAACAUAAAGAGAAGGAAAAUUCGGAACUUACGUACAUCUCUUUGUCACAGACAACGGAGUAUAUUCUUCCAAAUUCUAUCGGUAUCGCGUUACACAAUUUUCUACACGCUCUCGUUCGUCUUCUCUCCCCUUUCUUUUUUUCUUUUUUUUCCUCUUCCAUCUUAUCACAUCUCUCCUGUCUCUUUGGCAUCUUAUAAGUUUUACUCUCGAAUCGUAAAUUCUUCAUUAAUAUAAAACACGUAUAUAAACAUAGACUGAUUACAUCGGUGUUUACAAUAAUCUACGAUUAAAAAAAGUCGUACAUCAUUUCGUUUAUCUCCGGUAUACGCUUUUAUGCGAGAACAUUCGUUUUGAGAUAAAUAGCACGCAUCGUACGCGUAUAUAUUCCAAGUGUAUAUAUAUUUAUAUUACAUAUAUUACAUACAUAAUAUCGUGUGUAUAUUAUAUAUGUAAUAUAUAUAUUACAUAUAUUAUAUAUAUAACUAUGUAUGAAUGUGCAGUGUCGUAAGAGGGUACCCAGGUACAUGCGCUAUAUAUGUUUGAGAUUUCCUUUGAAAAUACCUAAAUCUUACGUUUAACACACGAUCGUGAAAUAUAUUCGCUUUGUACAUUUCAACGCAUUCGACGAAGGAAAGUUUCUCUCUUUUUCUUCCUCUUCUUUGGCACAACGUGCGCGUUACAUUACGUCUCGACGUGAUGUACUACAAAGGAAACAGGUAAAUAAAGAGAGGCAGUUAAUCGUUUAUAGCAGUAGCAGCAGCUUCAAUCAGUUUUUUUUUUUUUCGUCCAGAGUCGUGUUUCAGCAUUAUUAUCCCCACGUCGACACCACGGUCACCGCAUUGUUGGCCAGAAAUCGACCGCGCGUAAGCUCCACGUGCAAUUCAAUCGCGAUUCCAACGCGUUCUUCGUUUGCAUUAUGCGCUUACGGAUCUUUUAUCGUGAAUAUCGAAAUAAAUAAAUCCGCAGAAUGUAUCGUUUCUAAUGCGAAGCCGAACUUUGAGGACAUGUGUUCCCGAUGCUGGAACAAAUGAAUAAAGUGUUUGCGUAAGAGCGAAGAUGGGAAAAUGCUUUCUCACGGACCCUGAGUAACGUUUUCUCUUCCGAACUGGAGCCCCUCGGACGUGACGAUAGUUUCUAGAAUAUAUCCGCAAAGUUAUAUCUUUUUUUUUUCUGACGCUCCUUUUCGAAAAAAAA